AUGGCUGAAGUAGGCCCUCAAGGUUGCGCCGAGAACCACGUUGAGGCACAGGGUCAAAACUUGAUCUUGCCUUUGAAUUCGAACGUCGAUGGAGGUGCCCACUCCCGGGUGAAAUUCUUCUCCUCGGAUGUCUGCACAGGCUCUCAAGUGGCCUUGCCAGGCUCACCAAGGUCGCCGGAAGCGGUGAGUGAGGAAGAGCGCCUGCGAAGGAUCUUCGGCCCGACUGGCCUGCCUCCUACGCCGCGGCCGCACCGAGGAGCAGGCUGGAUCUUUGGCUUUGUCUGGCAGGCACGUGGAUGA